CCGGCCUUUUGGAAUUUUGAAGAAGCUUGCGAUAUCUGCUGAACAGUCCUCUGAACGAUCCCAUACUUAUAUGUGAGAAGUCGAGAGAACAGCGUGACCCACUCGACCUCGCGGCCGAAACCUGGCGGAUUACUCUCGAUAUGUCUCCGUCCCCACUGGAACAACGACUUUCAACACUCUUAGAGAAACGUCGAGCUCAGUCGAAGCUUCGAACCUUGAAGUCAAGCCCACCUGGGUCUGUGGACUUCUCGUCAAAUGACUUUUUGUCUUUGUCGACCAACAGAGACUUUCAUGAUGACUACCUGGGCGCCUUAAACGAGAUACGGACACCGUUGGGCUCUACUGGAUCAAGGCUCCUGGACGGGAAUUCACAAGUUGCUGAAAGGCUCGAAAAGGAGAUUGCGGCUUUCCACGGUGCCAAAGCUGGCCUGUUGACGAACUCAGGCUUCGAUGCAAAUGUUAGCAUCUUCGCCUUUCUUCCCUCUCAGAAGGAUAUCAUCGUCUACGACGAACUCAUCCACGCCAGUGUCCACGACGGCAUGAGACAAUGUAGGGCGGAACAACAAUUGCCUUUCAAGCAUAACGACGUGGCAGAUCUCAAGCGUGUUCUGAAAUCAAUUGCUACCACGGACUUGAGCCGAACGAUUUUCGUUGCUGUUGAAACUGUGUACAGUAUGGAUGGGGACUUGGCUCCUCUAACGGAGAUUGUUGAUCUCAUGGAAGCAAUGUUCCCAAGCAAGAACGCUCAUCUCAUAGUCGAUGAGGCCCAUGCCACCGGCUUAUACGGCCCUAAUGGAUCUGGAAGAGUCUGUGAGCUCGGCCUCGAGAAUCGUGUUUCCAUCCGCCUCCAUACAUUUGGCAAGGCUCUCGCAUGCAAUGGAGCCAUCAUUUUGAGCUCUCCAGUGAUUCGGCUUUAUUUGAUCAACUAUGCUCGACCCCUGAUAUAUACCACUUUUAUGUCCUACCCGAACUUAGUUGCGAUUAAAACAGCAUAUUCCUGGCUUCAAAGGGGCAAGGCGAAUAUUCUUGCGGCAAACAUGUAUCAUCUGAUCAGCCAGCUGUUCACUCAACUUCAGACACUAAGUCCCGCAAUACCGCAAACGAGCAUCAAUCAUUCUAGAGCCGUGGUCACCCUUCCAGACACUUGUCCAGAAUCACCCAUCUUCGCCAUUCUGAGCACGCAUCCUCGAUCUCUAGCGGCACAUUGCCAGGCCGCAGGAUUUAUUGUCCGUCCUGUGGUUGCGCCAACGGUGCCGCAAGGGACUGAGCGAGUCAGAGUUUGUCUUCACUCGGGAAACACCAAGGAGCAGAUCGACAACUUUGUUGCUUGUGUGAGAGGCUGGCUCGACAAGCAAGCUUCACAUCCGGAGGCAACAGAUAUCACGAAUCAACAACUCUCUGCGCAGGUAGAUAGCAGCCGGGCAAAACUACAGGAGAGACAAUUGAUAGCAAAGAUAUAAAGGCGCCAUCCCGUGGCAAGGCCGCGUAUAAGUGGCAAUCUACUUGCCGGACAUACAGUCUUCAUUCCUGUUGGAUUUUCAUCACGAGGCAUUCAGGCCAUUCGGCAUUCGAGGCUUUGGAUACUGGCGACGCAUCCGCGAAUCUCUCAGGAUGGACGCUACUUCUGGUCACAAGAGCCCACAUUUGGUUCGUACGGAACGCAUAAACGCUACAACGUCUUAAUGAGUGCACUACAUUGCCUAGCACCAAUGCCUGAAAGAUGGUCACUGAUAUGGUGGCAAGAUCACUGCACGUCAUUACAUGUUCGAGGAUGACGCCUUGUCGUUGAGAAAGGGCGAAUUGAUUCGGUUACCAUUACAAUGGUGAAUCAGAAGGCAAAGAGGGAGUGCGGUUCACUCGUCUGAGCUGGGCUUGUUCUGCUAAUGGUGAACUUCGGGAAGAGGAGCGUUGUCUGGGAAAGAAGGGCAGUGGAAGGGACGAGUAGGAUAAGGCCCCUUCUUAACGAGAAGAAACCUCUAGGACAACUUACCGAGAGGCCAGUCACCAUCGCUAGUCGAUGCGCUCGUACGGUAAAAGGAGAGCAACUGAAACUUGUAAGCUGGCGGACAGACAGCAUGGGAGACUCUCGGGCGGCUUGCUGGUGGUCUUGUGCCAUAGCUGAUUAUUUCCCAAUUGGGAAUCGAGAAGAAAAUAAUAAAAAUCCUUAAUCUCUCUGCGACUCGAACCAAGAUCGG